GAUUUGGUAAUGAUGUAAUUGGACCUAAGAUCGGGAGAAAUUAUAGUAAUUUACGAUGGCCUCAAUUUCGUCUAUUAGCCACAUUGGUUGCAAAAUGCUGCAGCUGCCCCAAGUAGGUUUGCUGGCGGCGGGUCUGCAAAACAUAUUUGCUAUGCAGCAGCAGCAAGUUCGUCAUCGCCGUACCAAACAUUGGGAUCCAAGGUGGAAGAAACUACGUAAAGCCAAAGUUGUUAAGAUAGACAUACCCAAUCUAAAUGAACGUGUGGAGGAUUUGAGCCAGGAACAAAUGAAAACAAGAAUGAAGGAGCGCGGUAUACUACCGCCGCGCCCAUGGUUGGAACGUCCUUUCCAUAUCAGCUGCACAGGCGGAGUGUUUGAACCGUAUGUUCCACCAGAAGGGGAUGGCAAGAUGUCAGCCAUUUCGAAAGAGGGGGCCAAGCAAAAAUUUGAGCUGUUGGAAAAGAAAACCAAGUCCAUGAUGGCCAUCAGGAAAAUCCGUAACUACGACGAAGAUUUUGAAGCGCCCGAGUUUGCGGCUGAAGCUCAGAACAUUUACAUUAAUGCGCAUAAUACGUUGGCCGAAAAAAAUAAAUACAAGCUGCGGGAGCUAGUAACUGAGCGAGCCUAUCCAGAGUUGAUGCAUAAUAUAGCAGAUAAAACAAUUCACUGGAAAUUUCUCCAGUCCCUAGAACCUCCACGAGUUGUACAUGCUCGUGUAACGGAUGUGAUUAGUAAGGAAAAUUUGUUCGCUCAGGUUACAGUUCGCUUCCACACCCAGCAGAUGCUUGCUAUCUAUGACCGUUUCGGUCGGUUAAUGCACGGAAGCGAAGCUAUCGUGAAAGAUUGCCUUGAAUAUGUAGUAUUCGAAAAGCAUUUGUCCAAUGAAUACGGAGUUUGGCGUCUACACGAAAAAAUAGUCCCCGACUGGAUGCCACCGAAAGCACCGGCUUACAUAACGUAUCGUGUGGACGACGAACCACCGGCACCGCCAGAGCCUGAAGAUAGUAAGGAAGUAACGGCUGCCGAUGUAGAAGGAGAUAAAACUGUUACUACAGCUACGGCUUAAGAUCGUCGACGGUU